AUGCCCUUCAAGGGGGUUACGCUUCUUUUUUGGGGAUUGAUCUUCCUUUCUUUCUUUUCUAGCUUGACAAACUGUUUCUCAUGGAGACCUCAUACAGUUCCUAAUGGGGAGGCGCAAGUUGUUAUUCAUCACCAGCAACACGGCGACAGCAAUCCUCUCUGGAAGCAACAAGCGGAUCGAAAACUCUCCAGCGCUUAUAGCACUGCCCUCCAAGAGCUGCAGGAUCUGGAGUCGCAGCCUCUUUGCCAUCGCAUCGCUGCGAGGCAACUCGUGAACAAUUGUCACCUUCUGAACGGCCAGGAUGAUGUAAAGAUCCACCUCGACAGUGGAAGGGCCGCGCGAGAUUUUGUCGACUUCUACGCAGCAAGUCUGGCCAUUUGUGACUUGGAGCGCGGCAGUUUCUUGAUUCCAAAACCAUGCUUCAAGUUCCGAGAACCAUUCCUGGCAGCGCUCCCUGUCCCGACCGCCGCAAAGCUUCACGUCUCGACUAAUGAAAUCGACGAAUGUCUCGAAGGCCUCGCACAGUCAGACUCGGCCUGGAAUACCUGGGCCAGUGAAAAUCGAGAUCUGUUAGGCACAGCCAAAUUAACGAUCUUUCCAGAUGAGGACAUCUUCCUUUACCAAAGAAUCACCAGAAUCCUCGAGAAACUCACAAAUGAUGUCGAGGCAGACCUGGAAAAGCGAUUCCAAUCCCUCAACCGAGCCUUUGACGCUGCAAGCCAGUCAGUGGAAGGUAUUGGCCCACAGGUCAAGAACCUGCGGAUGGAAAUGGACAAGGCCAGUGGGAUUCUCCAAAACGACCUGAGUCAUGCGAUCAAGGAUUCUCGCGACGUUGUAGCGAGUGGAUUAGAAGAAGCGCAAGCACUGCAUGAUCUCCUCGAGAUACUCGUUCGCGCCGUCCAAGAGCACACCACCGACAUCGCAACAUCCCAAGAGGUUGCAUUGCGAACCAGCACUGAGAAGUGGAAUGACGAGGUUGGGGUUUUGGUGACAGCAUUGACCGCAGUGGUCGCAACCUCACUUGAUCAAAUGGAAACGGCGGCAGCUAGGAGUGCAGGUAUCCUAGCGAAACAGGCCAAAAUCGAGCAAGGCAUGGGUAAGCUGGAAGAGCUCGCUGACGAUCUGCUUCUCAAAUACGACAGUCAUGAGUCGCGACUUGAUGAUGCUUUGCAAAAGUCUAGCCAGGUAUUAGACGUCCUUGAAGCAACUGCCGCCUCGGCUGCUGGACUUCAAGGAUACAUGCUUGGUGGUCUUGGGUUUUCCGGAUUCUGGCCCUACGUUGUGUGCCCAGCUUUGUCGUUGGCGUUGGGAUCAUAUAGGCUUCAGCCUUCAUUUGCGCGAAACAUAUGGCUCGUCGGUAUCGGUGAACUCAUGGGCAUGGUUGUAUCGAAAGCGAGUUAUUAUGCAAAUAUCUUCAGCUUUACUUCAGUUUUUGAAACAACCAAUGAGCCGACACUCAACCAAACCUUUCCCGCCACGACAUUAAAAGUACUUUACUGA